AUGAGUACAAACGGGACAACGAAAUUGGGUGUUGUCGAAGAGAAUCUACGUGAAUUCGACGAAUGUUUUCCGUCAAACUCCAAACAACAGUUAGUUUCAAGAAAUAAAGCAGAGGAAGAAGAGCUACGUUUGAAUCAAACUGCAGCAUCGAACGCAGCACAAAUUCGAGAGAAGAAUACGAAAAUAAUGGAAAAACAACAGUUCGGAGUUCCAUUGCAGAAUGUAGAGGUCGCCGAAAAGAAAACAUACCUAAAAACCCGGUUCGAACCGGCUCCAGGUUGUUCAUAUUUGCCCGGAUUUGCGUCAAGCAUGACUUCACAACCGUCUUUUGUUCAAAAGACUCAAUCACGAUAUCCUCCAUCUAGUCACUAUAAACGUACUCCGAUAUUGUAUCAAUCACCGAAUCAACAACCAGUAAGAUAUGUUUGUUGUUCGCGAAAGGGACCAUCGACAUCUGGUAAUUCUGGUGUAAACUGCUCGACAAAGCCAAUUUUAAAGAAUGGAAAUAUCGCUACUGGAGAUAACAGAGUCUUAACAACACAAAAUAGAUUCGCUCCGACAGGAAUAAAUCGUCCUGCUCAAAACCUGUUGAGCGGUAAACAGCUGGGGCAAGUCAUUUUAAUGCGUCGUUUGGAUGGAAAAUUAGUUCGAGUGAGACGAAUUAUCAAAAGUCAGCCGGAAGUCCGCCGAGUCAUCUUGGCUCCUCCUCCUCAACUUGGUAACUAUCUGAAAAUUCGGAAUGCGAGGUCAGAGAAAACUGGUAGUUCUGAUGCCGACCAACUGGCCAACACAGAAAUAUUAGAUAAACAAGCGAAAGAAGAGCCAAUUGAUGUAAAAGAAGAAACAAUUGAAGUGAAAGAGGAACCAUUGGAUGACUACGAGAGACACGACAACGGUCAACCGAUUGUAGUGAAACCUCCAAGAGUGAUUAUUCCGCGCUUUGUGUUCCCAGUACCAGGUAUUCCAAGUUCCUUGCCCACUCUCAAAACAAUUCAACAAACUUCUCUGUCAAGACCAUCAGAGAGAGAAAAGACACCAACUGAAUAUUGGAAAUUAUUCGGUUCAGGUGUAUUACAUAAUCGUCGACCAUCGCCAUCUCCUGAAAUUUUUCUUGGGGCCGGAAAGCCGAUAAAUAAUCUUCCGAACAAAACUACUAGUGGAUUCUCGAAAUUAACUCAGAAAAGAAUCGAUUCCUACUACCAGAAUCGCCUUCAGUCGUUUACAAAGAAAGAUGGGAUAGUUCGGAAUGUUCCGGAUUCUUCAAACCUUCUAUCUAAUUCUGCUCUAACUGAAAAAGAAGGUCACGACACGUUGGAUUGGACAGCAGCGAAACGUAUGGAGUUUUCGCGUCAAGACCAGGCGAAGAAUGAUUUCAAUGGACAAGAUGUCUAUAAAUACAUGGAUUCUGAAAGUUUCAAGCAAUUUCUCGAGUCGCCAUCGAUGUCGACAUUCGAAAAAAUGGAGUUUUCAUCUGAUUUAUUGGGCGAGAUCCCACGGUCUUCGUCGCUUUCCCUGUCGAAUCUUUUUGAAACUCCGACUAAAAUUCACGAGGAUGGAUAUAUCGCACAAAAUGAACGCAACAGAAUAAUAAACGAGAUAAAAGUAAGAGAUAGUCUAUCAGGACCCGUGAGAUUACCGCCUGAUGUAGAAGGAGCUUCGACCUCUGAACAAGUACUGCACAACGAACAAUCACAUCAGAUAAAUAUUGUAUGGAAUGGGAGUGAAUCGAAGGUUCCAGAACUUGUACUAUGUCAUUUAUGUGAUGGAAUAAUGCGUCUAUGUAUUAGAAAAACAAAGUAUCGUGGAAUUGUGAAAGAAUAUCCCGCUUACAGAUGUCUUCGCAAAGGAUGUCAGACAUUCCGUUCAAUUAAAAAGCAAAUGGAUCAAAAUCUGAACAAGGGUAUGAGUUCUACACGAAGAGUAACGAUCACUUUCCCCAAGCCGAUAUCAUUUGCGAACAUGGAAGUAAAAGAAGAAGUGAUGGAUGACCCAAAUGACUUCGCGAGUUCACAGUUUUCGAGAUAUGACAUUAGAUCUGAAAAGGGCAAUCAGAACGAGAAGAGAGCUCUCGAAUCAACUGAACAACUCAGUUCAGAAGGUUCUUCAUUAUACACUCUUGACGCUCCACCACAGAAAAGAAUUAGGAAAAGUAUAUUGGACACAUUAUCAAAAGAUUUCCAGUGUGGUCCGGAAACAGAAGAAGAUCAUGACGAGGAGGGGGAUGAAGGUCUUCUAGGCGAAUCUAUAGAUUUUCGUCAUAUCUAUAAAUCUGGAAAUAUCGAGUCCGAGCAAUUAAAGGAGGAAGAAGAAGCGAACGAUUACUACUUCGAAGAGGAAGAUUAUGUAGACACGAAAAGUAGAAGUCUUUCGCCAGAAGUUCCAAUUGAAAAAGAGAUUCCAGAAGCAAUGGAUCAUGUUAUUAAGGAAGAGUCCUAA